CUCUUACGGUCUUACCGUCGGUCUCCCCUGCGGAUUGCGGAAGUGAGGGAAGUCGAACGAAGUAACGAACGAAGUGGGCGAACUGGCGAAGGGCGAACUCCGGCGAAGGCAGCACUGCAGCAGCGACUCAGCGACGCGGCCGACGCCAGCGAGCAGCGACCGAGCCGUCCGAGCGACACCCAGCGAGCAGCGACCGAGCCGCCUCUUCCUCUGCCCGACCGGAGACCGCGGAGGCGCGGACCGCCUCUUCCUCUGCCCGACCGCGGACCGCCUCUUCCUCUGCCCGACUGCCCGACCAGCCCACCCCAUUGUAACUUUCUGGAUCCGCCCCUGCCCCUGCGCCUGUGCGGCUGUGCCCCUCACUCGCUCCGAGUAACGCCCUGCGCAGCAGGGACAUCCGGCCUCCGCCACUGCCUGCUCGCUGAGUCGCUGGAUUUCCAUUUUCAGGCAUACAUGGGAGGCUCCAAGCACAUGUUCAGUUUUCUCUUCACGGUCAACAAUGGCGCCCCCGCCAUUUGUCUAAAUCAGAUUGUCUUUUCCAUCUUCUUCACUUAGAACCAAAUGCUCCGGGCCUCUGUUUAACGGAGUAAAGCAGAGUUCUUUAAAGUUGGGUUCUAAGCGACGGUCCUGCCAGGUCCAGUGAGGCAGCACACAGAGACGCAACUUUCUCCAAAAUACAGCACUGUAACACGCCAUCACCCUAGAUCUCACCCAGCACGCAGCCACGGCAGCGCCUCUGACGGGUUGACCUGAUUAGUUCAGUUAACGGAUCUCAAUAGUCUGCCUUUAUCAGGUUGGUUUUUGCAGCAUCUGGGACUAGAUUAAAGUUCUGAUAUGGAGAAGAGUGGUACUGGUAAAAAAACCAACAUUCAGCUUCUAGAAAGCAUGUGUUAUUUCAUUAGAAGGUGCAUCAUCUCACUACUUUCUUCUGGCCCUGUUCCUACUCAUAUUGCAUUUAUAAUGGAUGGCAAUCGAAGAUACGCGAAGAAACUGAAUUUGGAAGAGGGACAUGGGCAUAGGGCUGGGUUUGCUGCUCUUAUGAACUUAUUAAAAUAUUGUUAUGAGUUUGGUGUGAAGUACGUAACUGUUUAUGCCUUUAGUAUUGAUAACUUUAAGAGGCGCCCCGAAGAAGUUGGAUCCCUCAUGCUCUUGAUGCAGGAAAAAAUUGAAGAGUUGAUUAAAGAGGAGAGCUUAGUAAACAAUUAUGGAGUUCGACUGUACUUCAAAGGGAACCUAGACCUUUUGAGUGACUCUGUUAGGUCAUCAGCAGAGAGGGCAAUGGCUGCAACUUCGGGUAACUCAAAAGCCAUCCUAUCGAUCUGCGUUGCCUAUACAUCAACGGAUGAGAUAGUACAUGCAGUUGAACUAUCAUGUGAAGAAAAAUGGCAGAGUUCAGAUAUUUAUCGACCUGUGAAUGGAAAUGGUAAAAAUGAGAACCUCAUUUUUGGGGUGACGGAUAUUAAUAGAAAUAUGUAUAUGGCUGGUGUUCCUGAUCCUAAUAUUAUAAUACGUACCUCUGGCGAAACUCGAUUGAGUAAUUUUCUACUAUGGCAGAGUUCAAAAUGUCUUCUUUACUCUCCAGAAUCACUUUGGCCAGAGAUGGGUUUCCGGCAUUUGGUUUGGGCAAUUCUGAAUUUCCAAAGAUAUGCCGUCUACCUUAAAGGGGCAAAAGAGAAAGAAACUUGAUUGGUAAAUCAAGUUUGGCCUUCUUUCGUAUUCUUAAAAACUCUUCUUUAAAGUUGAAUUCACCUGUAAUUGCUAGAAAAAGGUGCUGUUCUAUUUCUCGCCUACGCCUUCUCAUUUUUUUUGUCUUGAAUAGCUAUCAUAACCUUGAAGGGAAAAUGUUGCUCCAAGGUGACUCCAUUGUAUUCAGCUGUUUAUUUGGUAAAUCAGGACCAUAAAAUAUGAAUAAAUCUUCUGGCUGAUGAUAUUUGUGGGGAAAUGAAUAAAUA